CUCCGCAUUUUUGCAUAUCAAAAGCUAUGAAUAUAAUCUAAUUCCUUUAUCUUUAACAAAUCUAUAUUCUCCGUCAACAGUAUAUACACUUAAAGGAAGUGCAACACGUGCAGUUAAAAUUUGGGCCAGCCUGAUCGUCGUCGAAAAGCGAAGCACUAUAAAAAGAACACGCAUUCAGAUGAAAAAAGACGAAUGACCGGAAAGAAGGUAAAAAGGAAAGAUAAAAAACGGCCCAGAGAAAAGCACGAGCUCGACAUUCGUUGAAAAAGGAGGGACACGGAGAUACAAGGAGAAAGUGAGAAAAAGUAUAGGAAGGGUUGGAAGGAGGGAGCACAGCCUGCCAUGAUAUUUCGAACAUCCAGUGACUCGUUUCGGUGUCGUGUUCCUUCAACAGGUUGUCUCUCCACGUUGCUGGCCAACGGAACUUCCCGCUACUUCAAUCCAGUUUAAAUUGUUAAUACAGUUUAUAUUUUUUUACUGAAGAAUUUGUUAAUGUUAACGUAACUUUGAAAGAUACAGUUACAGUUUAUAUUCUUUUACUGAAGAAUUUGUUAAUGUUAACGUAACUUUGAAAGUUUGUUGGAACCAUUAAGGCGAAAUUCAAGUUUGAAAAGGGGACCAGGAAAAGAUGAAAACAAAGAGAUUCCUUUAGUGAUUUCUGAAACGAAUUCACCGGUGAACUCGGGUGAAUCACGAUCUCAUCCCUCCUCCUCCACCUCUUUCUCAUCUUCCUCUACCUCCUGUUGCUUCGAGCGGUAUCAAAAUAUUGAGACAUUAAAUGAAAUGGACUACAGUUAUAGUGUUUGAAAAGAAUAAUAGAUGAAAAAGAUAUAAUGUCUUUAGUUUAACAAAUUGUAUUGUAUUGACAAAUGAACCUAUACAUGCAUAAUGAAGAAAUUUUAUGCAAUAUUUUUUUUAAUAUGCACAUCCACCGCUGACUUUCCCAAUGUUUGGCAAAAUUGCAAAAAUGCCCAAAAUUGGCAUUCGUUGGAAACGUUAGAAACUGCUAAAGUGGAAUGUGGACCAUCUUUUGAAAAUCGUUGCUAUUGCAUGAGGACAUGUUAUGAGAAUCACCAUCAGUAUGUCGUUAAUUGUACUGAAUCAGGAUUUCAUAACGCGGCGCCGUUAUCGCACCUGCCGAACGAUACACAAGUGCUUAUUUUUACCGGAAACAAUCUCGGAGAGCUUCCAUGGAACGUAUUCGGCACUCUGGAUAGUUUACCUCACUUAAGAGUGAUAGAUAUGUCUAACAAUAAAAUAAGAGAAAUUCGAGGGAAGGCAUACCAUCACGUCCAACACGUCGAACGACUUAUUUUAGAUUUUAACGAAUUAUCGUUGGACCCUGCAAGAAGUCAUCCCAGGGUAUUCUCUAAUUUUGUGUCCCUCUUGGAACUCCAUUUAACUGACGCCUUCGAGAAUGGUCCACCAAGAGAUCUUGCAGCGACACUACAUGAUAUUUUUGUCAAUAGUAAUUUAACGCAACUGAUAAAGCUCCAUUUGGAACAAAAUGAAAUAUCAGAAUUUCGGGACAGUAAUGUAUUCUGCGAUCUCCCGAAUCUUUUGGAUCUUUAUCUCGGCGAUAAUGCACUUACCGCUUUGCAUUUUAAUAUAUCCUGUCUCCACAAAUUACGUUUCUUGGAUCUUCAACGAAAUAAGUUCACAAAAGUGGUCGAUCAUGAUCUGCACGCUAUGGACACGCUUAUCAAGCAUAAUCAAAGUAUAGCUGUAGAUUUCACUGGAAAUCCAUUUGUGUGUUCGUGCAAAUUAAAUCCCUUUAUAAAGUGGAUGAGGAAGACAAAAGUGUUCGUUCGUAAUAAAGACAAUUUGAAAUGUUUUGAAGGUGAAAUACAUCAUGAAAUACAUGAAACAAAGAACUGUACGCCGAAAUUGUUCUCAUCAACUCCACGCGGUGCAACUGUUCUGCUCUUUUUUCUCUGUUUAGUGUUAAUAGGACUGGUGUGCGCUUUAAUUUAUGUACAACGCACGAAAUUACAAAAGAAAAUUGAGCCUAUAUUAGAUUCGGUAAACAAGAGGGUACGAUACACCUCGAUAGCAACUGGUGAUACUCGAGAAGAUUUAUGAAUGAAAUGAAAACGUUCUUCGAUUAAGAAUUAACAAAGAAGAGAUUUAACGCUAAUUAAAUUCGCUCUACCGUUAAAAUAGUCUUUUUGUCAUAAGUAAUUUAAAAUAUAAUAAAGUAUGUUUAACAAUAUAAUGAGGCAUUAAUAUUUAUAGUGUAAUAUGUGGUGAUUAAUUUAGAAGUAAAGAAAAAGGAUAGAACCAUCACUGAAUAUUCUUACAAGCUAUUUGUUACGACAUUAACACGCUGAAUUUAUUGACUUAAUAAUUAUAAACGAAGAACAUGUAAUUUUGAUAUUGUUAUUGUCUCGAGUAUGUCUAGUACCGAAUAAAUGUUAUAUAUAUUUAUA